AUGGCACUCACUCAAGCAAAGCUCCCAGCACCCCUGCGACUCGCCGCAACCCGCCAAACUCCCCUCUCCCACCGCGAAGCUCACUCUCAGCUCCGCGCCUUCCUCUCCUCCGACGCGUCGUCGCUGCUGAGCGGCUCGGGCGCCGUGUCGCGCGCAGCACUCGUACGACUCGUCCAGGGCCUCGCUGACGAGCUCGACGCGCCUCGACCGGCUGCGAUCGCCCAGAAGGAGGACGUCGAGGUCAAGGCGGAAGGUGCGGACGAGGACAAGCAGAAGCAGAAGAAGCGGAGAAAGAGCGACAAGGGCGGCGCAGAAGGGUCGGAGAAGAAGAAGCGGCGCAAGGUCGAGGCAUGA